UCAACUCUCCAGUUUGUCGUCUGAUUCUUUUUUUUCUAUCUCGACCAGGGAUAGACAUGAUGAGGUAUCUAGUUCUUUUGGCCCUGCUGGGGCUGAGCCAGGCUUUCAACAACCCCCAUGCCAAGCACGGCAGGCAAGCCAUCGUCCACCUGUUUGAGUGGAAGUGGAACGACAUCGCGGCUGAGUGUGAGAGGUUCCUGGCUCCCAAAGGAUACGCUGGAGUUCAGAUCUCUCCUCCUACUGAGAGUAUUUUGUUGACCAGCCCGUGGAGACCAUGGUGGGAACGGUACCAGCCAAUCAGCUACAACCUGUGUUCCAGAUCAGGAAAUGAGAGCGAGCUCAGAGACAUGAUUACCAGAUGCAACAACGUUGGGGUUAACAUCUAUGUUGAUGCCGUCAUCAACCACAUGUGUGGAGCUGGAGGCGGAGAGGGAACCCACUCUACCUGUGGAACCUAUUUCAGUGCCAAAAAGAUGGACUUCCCUUCCAUUCCCUUCAGUGGCUUUGAUUUCAACGAAGGCAAGUGCAAAUCUGCCAGCGGAGACAUCGAGAAUUACAAUGAUAUCAACCAGGUAAAUCUGCACAACCUCACACCCCUGGUUCAACAUCAAUUCCUGUUCCAGGAGGUUAUCGACAUGGGUGGCGAGGCCAUCCAGACCUCAGAGUACUUCCCCUUAGGCAGAGUCACGGAGUUCAAAUAUGGAGCCAAAAUCGGAAACGUCUUCCGCAAGUGGAACGGCGAAAAGCUGUCUUACACCAAGAACUGGGGUGAGGGCUGGGGCUUCAUGCCCGACAGCAAUGCUCUUGUGUUUAUUGAUAACCAUGACAACCAGAGAGGUCAUGGAGGAGGUGGAAACGCCAUACUCACCUUCUGGGACGCCAGGAUUUACAAGAUGGCCGUGGCCUACAUGCUUGCCCAUCCCUACGGAGUGGCCCGUGUGAUGUCCUCCUUCCGCUGGAACCGCGCUGAUGACUGGCAGGGCCCUCCCAGCCACGAAGAUGGAUCCACCAAGGAUGUCCAUGUAAACGCAGAUGACACCUGUGAAGACGGAUGGGUGUGUGAGCACAGGUGGCGCCAGAUUACGAACAUGGCUACCUUCCGUAAUGUGGUGAACGGACAGCCCCAUUCCAACUGGUGGGAUAACGGAGACAACCAGGUGGCCUUUGGACGCGGUAACCGUGGCUUCAUUGUCUUCAACAACGACGACUGGCACCUGGAUGUGACUCUUAACACUGGCAUGCCUGGCGGCGCCUACUGUGAUGUCAUUUCUGGCCAGAGGCACCUGAGAGAGGCAUGUCUCAAGAUGGUGUGCCAGAGGGAACUAUAA